GGCCACACUACCCUGUCACUCCCACCCAUGGACAAGCGGGCGCGUGCUCGUGUGCACAUGCUGGCCGGCGCCUACAGUCUCGCGAGCAAGAGUCGCGGCUCUGGCUCGAACAGAUUCACGACGCUCAUCAAGACGGGCAGGAGCGGUGUCAAUGUUGAUUCGGCAAAGGUCGGGCGAGUGCUCAGGGGCACGGCUGACGUGCGAUUGGGCAAUGGCAAGAAGGGCAAGGGCAAGGCGUCCGCACGUGGUGGUGGUGGUAGCGGCGGGGCGAGAGGUGGUGGCGCUAUCUCCGUGAGCCGCAACAUCGAGGGCGCCGAUGUCGGUUGGGGCGCUGAUAGGAUUGGCGCUGACAACAUCGGCCACAAGCUCCUCUCGAUGAUGGGCUGGGCCGAGGGCACCGGUAUGGGCGUCGGAGGAAUGGCUGAGCCCAUUGGGGCCAAGAUCAAGACGAGCAAGGGAGGGCUG